AUAAACCACGAUCGAAUUCGUAAUCACUUUCAUAUCCGAACUCACAACGAUACUCAUCGGAAUUGAACAAUAUUAAAGAUUCUGUAAAAAAAUGUUAUAUCAUGUGAAGUGAAAUGCGAGAUUCUUGUUGCCGGUAUCUAAAAAACCUUUCAGUUAGGCAUAUUUCUAUAAAAUUAGUGUUGAAAAAUCUACGACGUCAUAUUCUAUGCAAAAUAUGUUGCGAAUAAUUCAUUUUUAGGUUAAACAAUUUUGUGACGCAAAAUCAGACUACUUUUACUAUUAUUUGCCUGUAUACAGAGUGUCUUUGCAUAUCAUUUUUGUUAAAAGAAGAGCGUUAUCAAUGUCAACUUCUAUUUAUAAAGUCAAUUUUUGUAAGUUGAAAAUUCAAAUUUGAAUUGUAUAUCUUAUAUCAAUAUGUUUAUCAAAAUAAACUAACUUAAAAUUUUAUCAAGAAAUCCCGAAGAUGGAUCUCAUUGAACGUGUUUCUCACCCCUCGGCAGUCCAGGUAGAGGCUUUAGUAUCCUUUUUAGAGGAGAGACCUACCCUGGCUAAAGGACUUGUGAGAAACCCUAGCGCCAAAGCUAGAGCUAUUAAAGAAUGGGAAAAAAUUACCGCCAUAUUAAAUAGCUGCCGAGGAGGGACAGUUAAAUCUAGAAAAAAAUGGGUAAAGUAUUGGGCUGAUAAAAAAAGCGCCGUUAAAAAGAAAUGUGCUGCACGUAAUGCUGCCAGACGUAUGUCUGGUGGGGUAUUGGAAGAUAAUCCCGAGUUAUCUGAAAUCGAAGAGAGGAUUGUGGCACUAAUGUGGGGUGGUGGAGAUGAUCAUCUACAAUUGCAAGUUUUUGAUGAUAAUGUAAACGUGGGCUUUGAUGUUACAAACAUCAAAAUAAACCAAUCUCCUCAGCAAAGUGAGCCUUCUCUAGAACAUGAUGCAAUGCAACCUGAAGCCACGACAGAAGAAAGACAGGGUGACAGUACAAGUGCAACUUUUUCUCCUACACUACGCACAUUUCGAGCUGUCAGAAGAUUACCACCACAACGACGCUCUAUAUUUACCAGCAUAGCUGAUAAAUUUUUGAAGUUAGAGGACCAGCGGUUAGCACAUGAAGGGAGAGUUGUCAAGGUGAUGGAAGAAAUGGCCCGAACUCACAAUGUGCUGGCAGAUGGAGUCAAGGCUCAAGCAGAAGCACAUAAAACUCUCGGGGAAGGCCUUAAGGUUCUCGGGGAGGGACUGAAGUCACUGGCGGAAUCAAUGAAAAUAUAUAAUUAAUAAAUUGAUUUAUUUUAUUUUAUAGUGAAAAAAAAGACUUUUUAUAGUGAGAUAUAUGCAAGUAGGCUACCUUAUGGUACGUAGUUACCAUCGUCCAUAAAGAUUAACAAUGAA